AUGAAUAAUCAGCCGAUUACAAACGAACAAACAGCAACAAAACAUAAAGAAUGGUUAUCUAAAAGUCAAAGAAUAAAGAUUGGAAAUAGUUGGAAUCGUGUUACUAAGGCAUUUGGAGAACGGCAUACAGCAUUCCAGGGACGUGGAUUUGACCCAGGAUAUUGGGAUACAUUUAAUGACUGCAUGAGGCAAACUGUUUCACUUUGGAGCAGGGAUACGUGGGACAUGCUGAUCUCAUUCGUAUUGCAGCCGUCACUCAUGACACAUAUUACGUCCGCAUUAGUGCUCCGCCCAUCGAACUGGACCUAG